AUGUACAUUGUAUUAUAUUUAGUAUUUAUAUUAAUCAAAUCUUUGGAAACUGCUUUGGUAUGGAAUACGGAGGGUGAGGCAUCGAUUUUCGUUGCCAUAGCCGUGCCUAUUGAUUUGCCACGUAAGGAAGUGUUUCUAUCAUACAAUUUCAUGGCCUCCUAUAGAUUGCCAAAAACCUGGUCAAAGAAAACGCCAAUUUUUAGAAAUGGCAAUGGCACGAAUCCAAAUUGGGAUGAUGAUGAUCAUCAUCAUGGUGGAGUAGAUGAUAUCUAUGAUUAUUACGAUGAUUUCAAUGGACAUGAACAUCAUCAUGGACCGCCAAGAAACCCCUCUAAGAAACCAAAACCUUUAAAAAAUAAAACCAAGAAAAAGAAGAAAACAAAAAAGAAGAAGCCAAAACCCACAAGUCAUGAUAAUGAACAUAAACACAAAAAGAAACACAAAAGGCCACAUACCACUGAAUCUAGCGAUAUGGAUGACUAUAAAGAUUUCUUUGAGGGAUUUCCAGUAGAUGGCAUGGGUGAUUCUAUACCCAGACAUCGAGCUGAAAGAUCUUUGCUAUCAAGAACUAAAUUCUACGAGAUCCUUAGUCAUCGCUUUGAACAACACGAUUUGGGUUCAGGUGACAGUUGUCUUUUGCGCUUAAUUUGUGAGACGAAUAGCUAUCAAUUGGCUGAAAUAAAUGGCUUAUUGGGUCAUCUGAUGCAUAUAAUGUUUAGCCCCAGUAGCUCACACUAUGAAGCUCUGCCUCAACGCUAUUAUAUAGCUGAAAUGCAUGGCCAAAGGAAGGGCAACUGUGAGGCUUAUCAUCGACAAUGUCCACAAAGUGUACUCGAUUUGAUCACGCAACCUGUGAAACAGGGGAAAUACAGCAAUAAUUAA